AUGCCUUCUUUCAAGUCAAACUUGGAUGGAGUUCCAUGGUACACCAAGCACCCCUGCGGUGCUAGAAAGAACCCGACUAAAGGUGUUGUUCCCCACAACGGCACGACGACCAUGCUGAAGCCACCGAGCUGCAGAGCUCGACUCGGUCGACUCGGUCUGGAUCUCUACCUAUCCCAUGGAUUCCCAAACGAGAAACCCAUCGCUACUAGGAGCAAGGACGCUAUUAGGGGCUCCUGGCCUUACUACUAG